AUCAGCAUAAUCAGCUGUGGCAGCGUUGUGUAGGAACCACAGAGCCCAUGCAGACCGGUUACGCAUCAUUAGACCGGUGUUUUUCUGUGUGGAGGUGGAAUCCUUAAUCAGGUGGUCCGUGGAAAUCCAUCCCUGAACAGAGGCGCUCCCGAUCAUGACAUGAAUAUAGAUGAGGAAGCCAGUGGAGCAAGGGAGACAGGCAGUGCCGUGCAGUUCUUUCUGUGUGCGUGGAUAGCACACAGUCCUGUGAUGUUUUUGUGCCAGAAAGGUAUUGAGUGAAAGAUGUGGAGCCAUCAUCACAUGCUGCCAUUUGUGGACCACUUCAGCUACAGGGAUGGCAAACCAGCAUACGGUACGAGGCUGAUGCGUUAGCCAGCAACUGCCCGUGUUGCUCUUAUACAUGUAUAUGCAGAACUAGCUGAAGUAGGAUUACACCGGAGACUGAGUCAGCGGAAUAACAAAGACUUCUCCCCAACGUAGCAGGGAUGCGAGAAUUCAACCUUCCCAGAUGACAUGCUGUUUACAGCUUAUGUUGUGUAGCUCGAUCCUGAUGUGACGUUUUUACUUAUAGACAAAAAAGGUGGGGACGAUAUUCAGUCUGGUGAAAAACAUGGCCCCUGCAGCAGUGAGAUAUGUUGUGUUGGUGUUGGCUGUGGCAUACUGUACAGGGAAUGAGAGGGACUGCCCGUCAGGCUGUAAGUGUAACCAUACCCGCAGAGUUGUGACGUGUAAGGACGCCAGACUGAGAACGAUUCCCGAGUCUCCGCGCCGGGACGUCCGCAGGAUGAUAUUCCGCGGGAACCAUGUGGACACGCUGACUCGCCGGAUGUUGUCCGGCUACCCUCGGCUACAGUACCUCAGUUUGGACUGGAACGAGAUUCGUGACAUCGAGGAGGGCGCUUUCCUGCAGCAGAAAAACUUACAGGUGUUGCACCUCUCUGGAAACAGAAUCGGACGUGUGGACAGGGCCAUGUUUUUAGGGCUGGAGAACUUGACGAGGCUAGAUUUGAACGCCAACGGCAUCACCACCAUUCCCAGCGGCUCACUGCAAGGCCUGGGCAAAUUACAAAUUCUGACCCUGGUGGGGAAUGAUGUCAACUCGCUGCCAGGAUCCUUGUUCCGUGAGUUGCCCAAUAUUCGACGAAUCGCCCUGUCGGGGCGGAAACUAUCAAGCCUGCCUAACAAAGCAUGGAGAAAUGUGGUGAGUCUACGCACGUUACAUCUUGUUGAUUUUCCAAUGGAGAGACUUGUGGGGAAGGCCUUUACAGACUUACCCAAGCUCACAGGCCUUUUCUUAGAACGAUGGGAGCAACUCUCCAUCAUCGCCGAUGACAGUUUCGUAGACUUAAACUUGACAUCACUGUCACUAGCAGGAGGGAGUCUCACCCAGGUGCCAGUCUGUGCCAUCAAUCAUCUCAUCUGGCUAACAAAGUUACAAUUAUCCGGCAAUCCCAUAGCCACCAUUCCCCGCCAGGCUUUCGCCAACCUCACCAUGGUACAGGCCCUACGAUUAGACCACAUGCACUUAACCGAAAUCAGCAGUGGUGCUUUUGCCCAUCUUUCAAAUCUGAGAUUACUGGACUUGUCGUAUAAUUAUUUAGUUUCGCUGCCGGCAAGAUCAUUCCGGACACCGAUAUCUAUCCACCACCUUGUGUUGGCUGGGAACAACUGGCACUGCAAUUGCGAACUGCAGUGGAUCUUUGAGAAAGGGGCGGAAGCUUCCAUCCAUCAGGCGUCCAAGCUGGUGUGUAGAACUCCUCCUCAUCUGCAUGGUGUUAACAUGGUGGAACAGCAGGGCUAUAAUCUAACCUGCCAGGAGCCGCUAGCCCUGAUAACACAAGGACACAACAUGUCCGUGCCAGAGGGAACUGAGCUACAGUUACAGUGUGUCACUGCAGGGGACCCCCUCCCCAAGGUCACAUGGUGGAUUCCAGGCACCACCAAUUUCACUGCAGACGUUCAAGUGGAGAAGACGAACGUCAAAGGAAAUGUGAAAGGCCAAAUGUACCCCGUUCUGGAAAACAGAACAUUGAGCAUACCAAAUGUUACACACAACAACAGUGGAGUGUACACCUGCUUUGUGGAAAAUGACUUGGGAAGUGCUGUGGCUGAGAUUAGUGUUCUUCCACAAGGGUACGUAGGUAGCGAUGACACGUACGUGACAGAUAGCGGCCCAGUAGAAGAAGAUGUCCUGCAGGUGUUCGAUGAAGAAAGUACGGGGAAGUCCGCGAACGGGAGUCAGAUGGGACAGAUAGAUACGGGGGCCCCGCCGCAGAGUUCCGUUAACCCCAUCAUCGUGGCCAGUCUACUGGGGAGCGCCACGUUCCUCGGGGUCGUGGUGUUCUGUAUGAUCUUCCUGCUCAUCAUGAGCUGGAUCCGGCCCAGCCACCCCGACCGGGAGGACGCUGCCGCACACACGCCGCGCAGACAGCCGUCCGCUGACCGCGAGCAGAACCACCAGCAGCGCCGAGACAGCAGCAUCACCAGCUCCAUGCCCAGCAAGAUGCAGACCAGAAUGGAGCUGUACCAGCAUGCUGAGAUCCUGCGAGGAUGACAGGAUAACAUGGAAACUAACCAAGCCUGACUAAAAAACAAGCCCACAUAUUGCCGACCCUAUGCAGGAAUACCUAGGACAGAUGUGCCCAUGGUAAUCACUAACAGAAGGCACAAGGGACAAACACUGGAGAAGGCAUAAGAGCCAGUCAUGAACUGUAAGUUCAUCUGCGUCAGUGCGUUUUUUAGAGUUCAAAAAUUUUGUUCCAACACAAUAGAAUUAUUCUCAGAUAUAGAUUGUAUAACCUUUCACCCAGUCACACUUCAGCAUCACAUAAUGAGUUCUGUCAAUCAGAGAAGCCAUGUGACAAGUCUCAGUGGGUCAGUCUAUUGAAGAAGACCA